CGCAACACGUGCACGUGCCGCGAGCAUUUCUCAUUCCUCGUCACCUCGAGCACUCGAACGCAGAGAAAAACAGAGGAAGAAAGCUCAAGAACUCCUCAAUCGCUCAAGCAUUAUCAGAACAUGAUCCAAAUCUCUUCGAAAUCCCGCAGAUUUGCUACUGAUUUUUCCGUACUGAUAUCUCUCCAUUCUCAUCGAUUUCUCGACGGGCCCGACAAUUUUGAUGCCUUUCGGCAAUGGCAGUUGUCGAGAAGAUUCUCUUUUCAAAACCCUCGUACGUCAGGGACCACUCAUGUCAUCUGCAUACCUUCUACUACCAGUAUUCAACACCUGGAUCGACGUCCUACGUGCUCUAUGACAACAAGUGCUUGUUUAACUUCCAAAGAGAGUGGAAUUCCGACAGAGAUAGUGAAGGAGCUAUACAUUAAGAUGCUUAAAUCCAUGGAAACUGAAACCAUGCCUCCAAAUGCUUGGUUGUGCUCGCUAAUUGAAAACUGUGGAAAUCGGGAGGACAUUAUGCUUCUAUUUCAAAUAUUGCAGGAGCUUCAAAGAUUUAGGCUAUCAAACCUUCGCAUAUUUGCAAAUUUCAAUUGCCAACUUUGUUUAAGAGUAGCUAGGGCAUGUGCUCAUGUGGGAGCUGUUGACUUUGGGAUGAGGACUCUCUGGGAGCAUAAUGUUUAUGGGUUAACUCCAAGCAUCUGCUCUGCUCAUCAUUUACUUUGUUAUGCCAAAGAACACAAUGACUUUAAACUCAUGGUGGAAAUCAUGCAACUGCUGAAAAAGAACUCAUUGCCAUUGCAACCGGGUACAGCAGACAUAGUUUUCAGCAUCUGUUACAAUACAGAUAAUUGGGCUUUAAUUUCAAAAUAUUCAAAGAGAUUUAUUAAGGAUAGAGUGAAACUGCAUCGAACUGCAUUUGACAUAUGGAUGGAGUUUGCUGCAAAAGUCGGAGAUGCUGAGUCUAUAUGGAAAAUUGAGAAGCUGAGAUCAAAUUCUUGGAAGCAACACUCUCUUGCAAGUGGGUUUUCUUGCGCUAAGGGAUAUCUACUGGAACAUAAACCUGAGAAUGCUGCUACCAUCAUUCACAUGCUCAACCAGACUCUUCCUGACUGGAAAAAGAAACACAUUGCAGCUGAGCUUCAGAGGUUGGGGAGUGAGUGGCCUUUGGAGGUGAUAAAGAAGCAAAAGAAAGAAAACAGGAAGGCACUGGCCAAGGCCUUGAGAAGUGACGUCACUACCAUGGUUGAGUCACUUUUGAGCAUGGGUUUGGAGGUGACGAUGAGUCUGAAAGAUCUAAUUAGGGAAGAAGAUAUUACAUGCUGAGAAUCAGGCAACUUCAAGCUGAAAUCCUUACUAUGGUGGUUACAAACCUUCAUUUCUGGAACAGCUUCGAUUGGAGCUCAAAGAAGGUCAUCAUCCAAGAUACACAUCAUGCCUUUUACUUGCAAUUGCUGCUUCGGGAAUUCCUUUAUCUUAGUAAAUAAACGCAGAGUCGGAGCCGCAGGCAUUCUUGGUUAACGAAAAUGUGAUCAUUGCUGUAAUAUUUCUAUUUGGCAUACCUUAAUUCACUUAUACUAUUGUUAAUGGUAUCUUAUCCCUGUGAUGUUAAUGUCCUUUGGAGCUUCACAGGAGUCAAAUCCAGUUUUCUGUUAAGAAAAGCUCAGUCAAGCACUCAUGUUAACCAUUC